AUGCAUGACGCAACGGAGCAUAAGGCGACAGUGGAGGCAGAGAUUGAGCGAGCUCAUCAUGAACCUGCAAACCAUGUCCCUCUUGGUUAUCAAGACCCACAUAAGGCCGCACUUGAGGACAGUCCAGAGCACGUCGAGAAAUUGAGUCUAUCCGUAAUCUUGUCUGCGUUGUUCCUAGGAACGUCCUUCACUGGCCCCAUCAUCUUUGGCUUCAUCCUUGCCACACCUAUCCUCGUACAGCUGAGCGAGAAGCUUGGAGGAGAGAAUAUCACCUUCUGGAUUCCGUCAGGCUGGGGGGCCGCUGCCGCAGUCGGCUUUUCUAUCGCUGGUCGCCUUUCAGAUGUCUUCGGUCGUCGUUAUGUUAUUCUUGUGGGUCAGCUCCUAACUAUUGUUGGUGGCGCCAUUGCCUGCAGUGCGCAGUCGAUGAACCAAUUGAUCGCAGGAGAGGUCAUCUUGGGAGGCUCAAUUGGCACGGUCUCUGUCGCAUAUGCAGGCAUCUCUGAGAUUCUUCCCAACAAGUGGAGAGGUGUUGGCCUUGCGUGGACGGAAUUGAACCUUGCAAGCUGGGCGAUUGCAGGUACACUUCUGGCCAAUGCACUCCUGUCGCAUGCUACAUGGCGGAUCAUGUUCUACAUAGCGAUGGGCUAUGGGGCCUUCUCUCUUGUUGGCACAUUUUUCGUAUACUUUCCACCAAGUCAUCCUCGCCCCGAUGGUCUCACCAAAUGGCAAGAAUUCAAACAGCUCGACUUCAUUGGUGCUGCCCUUUACGUCUCGGGACUGGCAGUAUUCCUAUAUGGACUCAAUUCUGGGGGAAAUACCUAUCCUUGGAGUCAUGCCGGCACACUUGCACCUUUAAUCCUUGGGUUUGCUGUCUUCCUGGGCGCUUUUGUUUAUGACUUCACUGUGGCGAAAGAUCCACUAUUCCCAUGGUACUUAUUCAAAAGCUUCCGGGAAUUCUCUGCACUGCUCAUGCUGGUGUUCGUCGCGGGAAUGGUUUUCUUCGCAGCAUCUGCCUUGAACGCUGAAACAAUAUUGUUCCUGUACACGGCCGAUCCCAUCAAGAUCGGGGUGUACUCCAUUCCCUCCGGUGCUGGUCAGCUCGUGGGCGGAGUCAUCAUUCCUGGUCUUGUGCACUAUAUCAAAUACGUUCACUUUCAGUUGACGUUCUCAGUCUUCAUGCAAACGCUAUUCUUUGGGCUUGCAGCACUUAUCACCCCACAUAAUAUCAACUGGGUUAUGGCAGUACAGUUUCUUGCGAUGUUACCCUUCGGAUGGAUCACACUGAACUGCUAUACCACAGCCUCUCUUCAUGUGCCCCAAAGAGAUCUAGGAGUAGCGAUAGGGCUGAUAGGCACUUUCAGAUCUCUCGGAGGAGCAGUAGGCUCCGUCAUCUUCUCAUCAAUAUUCGGGCAGGUGUCGGCCAAGCAGAUAGUCAGCCGCGUCACCCAAACCGCGACGGAGGCUAAUGUUGCCCCUGAGACAAUGAAGGCGCUGAUCGGAGCUGUGAAGUUGACAAUUGUUGGUGUUCCUGAACAGGCGGCCACAGUUCCAACAGUUUCCACAGCGGUGUUCUCGGAAUGUGUGGAGGCCGCUAGACUGGGAUAUGCAUACGGGUUCCGCAUCACCUGGCUGGCUUCAAUACCCUUCGGCAUCAUUGCUAUGGCGUGUGCAGUGGCUGUUAGAGACCCUUCCAAGUACUUCACGAAUCACGUCGAGGUACAUCUGGAAAAGGAGAUCGGCGGAACUCGCCAUGCAGACGAAUCAAAGGAGAAGGCAGUGCUCUGA